GCCGGGAACAGAACGUCAUGAUCCGAGCAUUGUUACUAAUACAGUACCAACAUUACCAUCCGUGUAAUAACUAGCCUUGCCCGUCGAGUAACGCCAUCACUCUUAAAGCCACUCACACGGCAACCUGAUGCCCCUCCGUUCAAUCAUUACCAUGUCCACUACCCCGACAGUAGUUCUCAUUACCGGUGCCAAUCGGGGCAUUGGCAAAGGCCUUGUUGAGAGUUAUCUCGCUAGGCCAGAUCAUGCCAUUAUUGCUGCAGUGCGGGACCCCAGCACGGCAGGACCACUGAAGGAAAUCCCUGUGGCUGAAGGCAGUCGUCUUAUCGUCGUCAAAAUCGAUGCGACAAUUCAGUCCGACGCGGUGGAUGUUGUCAAAGAGCUUUCAACCAAGCAUGCAAUCAACCAUCUCGAUACUGUUAUCGCCAAUGCCGGCGUAUGUUACAUAUAUCCCACCGUUGCAGAAGUCAAGAUUGAUGAUAUGCUUGCGAGCCUGAAACCCAAUGUAUUCGGCGUCAUAUAUCUGUACCAGGCAACCCGCGAGUUAUUGAAUAACGGUGCAAAUCCGAAGUGGGUUACAAUAGGUUCAGUCGCGGGAAGCAUUGAGGGCCAAUUGCCAAAUCCAAAUGCUGCAUAUGGACCAACGAAGGCGGCAGUUCAUUGGAUCACCAAGCGCAUCAACACCGAAGAGAAGAAAAUCACUUCUUUUGUCUUGCAUCCUGGCUGGGUAGCAACUGAUAUGGGGAACGUUGGUGCUCAUAGGCUUGGUAUGAAAGAAGCACCAGUGUCAAUCAAGGACUCUGUGGAUGGAAUGGUCAAGAUUAUUGACAAGGCGAGCAAAGAUACACAUGGAGGGAUCUUCUGGGAGUAUACUGGCGAGCAAUAUCCUUGGUAGAGUUGGUGUUCUGUAUUUUAUCUGAAUGAGAUUGAAGUCAUAAAGUAUAACUUUGAAUACAAAGAUCCAGUUUUCACC